AUGAAGUCCAAACCUACGACCGAUUCAGAGGCGAGCAGCAUAACCUGGAAUGGACCGGAUGACCCAGAGAACCCAUUCAAUUUCUCCCAAGCUAAGAAAUGGAGAAUCACUCUUCUGGCCUGCUUUAUGACCUUCGUUAUCCAGAUGAAUGGCACAUCCAUGACGAGUGCGGCUGAACAAAUCAACGAGAGUUUCCAUGUCAGUGACGAGAGCUUUCCGCACUCGUAUUGGCCUGUAUUUUCCUGGACCCUGAGUGGAGCGGCUGCCCCUAUGCUUGGUUUGCCGCUCAUGGAACACUUUGGCGUGAGGUGGAGCUACAUGAUCAUCUACGCCGUUCUGAUCAUUUUCCUCAUCCCGCAAGCAGUGGCGCAGAACUUUGCUACCCUGAUUGUGACGAGGAUCUUCACUGGUGGAUGUUCUGCUACGCUUGCCAACAUCACAGGAGACGUCAUGUCGCUAACGCAGCGCAGGAUCUUCCACUCUCAGAUCGCAUUUUACAGCGCGAUGUUUCCCAUCCUCUUCUUCGGUCUGCCCGAAGUACGGCCAGAUGUAAUCCUCACCCGACGAGCACGUAAUCUGCGCAAGACUGGAAAAUCCAGCGUCUAUGCUGAGGCAGAGCUACAACAUACCAGUCUAGGAGAAAUACUUCGACAGACGGUGGUCCGUCCGACUCGGAUGCUGUGCACGGAAGCAGUGGUGUUUUCCUUCGGCAUGUGGUCUGCUUUCUGCGUUGGCACUGCCUACAUGUUCACUCAAUCCAUUGUACAAGUGUACUCGGCACUGUACGGGUGGACAUAUUAUUCCACAGGGCUCGUUCAGUGCGCGCUUGUUGUGGGAGAGAUUAUAGGCCUGAUAGCGUCACUCGGCCAGGAUGAGCUGUACUUUCGCUCCGCUGGGCAAAACACUGAGGAACCGGGAGCACCUAUACCUGAAUCACGCCUGUUCCUCAGCAUACCUGCCUCAUUUAUCGGUCUCGCGGGCGGACUGUUUUACUUCGCCUGGACGUCCUACUCUUCCGUCGCCUGGAUAGUACCAACCAUCGCAUUGGGGUUUGUGGGUUUCGGCAUGUUUUGCUCUGUUACUGCCGUCACUACCUAUGUUCUCGAUGCAUAUGCUAAAUACGCAGCCAGCGCGAUCGCAGGUGCGGCCUUUCUGGAGAAUAUCCUUGCUGCUUUCUUGCCGCUCGCGACGCAGAGUAUGUAUCGGACGUUAGGGUUUCAUUGGGCGAGCUCACUGUUGGGGCUCCUCGCUUUGGGGUUGAGCUUUGUGCCUGUGGUGUUGUUUGUGUUUGGUAGAAAGAUAAGGGAGAAAAGUCCAUUCAUGGGAGAGUCGGUGUAUGUGCAUGAUGAGGCGGCUGGUGGGGAGCCAUGA